GUAAUCCAAGGAACAACAUCUUUAUUACCUCAAUGGGAUAAAUGUGUAAACUUUGUAGAAAGUGCUCUCCCAUAUGUUGUUGGCAGAGUAUUUGUGGAACUACAUUUCCAAGAAGACAAGAGAGAAAUGAUGGAAGAGCUGACUGAAGGAAUUCGAUGGGCCUUUAUAGACAUGUUGGAAAAUGAAAAUGACUGGAUGGAUUCUGAUACAAAAAUAAAAGCUGUUCAAAAGGCAAAAGCAGUUUUGGCAAAAGUGGGUUACCCCGGAUUUAUAAUGAAUGAUACAUAUAUUAUAGAAGGCAUCAAAACAAUGAAGUUUUCAGAAACAGACUAUUUUGGCAAUGUACUUCAAACUCGCAGACAUGUGGCCCAAUCUGAUUUCUACUGGCUGAGAAAAGAAGUCCCGAAAACAGAGUGGUUUACUAGUCCAACUACAGUCAAUGCCUUUUAUAGUGCAUCUACAAAUCAGAUCAGGUUUCCAGCAGGAGAACUCCAGAAGCCUUUCUUCUGGGGAACAGAAUAUCCCAGGUCAUUAAGCUAUGGUGCUAUUGGAGUAAUUGUUGGGCAUGAAUUUACUCAUGGAUUUGAUAACAAUGGUCGCAAAUAUGACAAGAGUGGAAAUUUGGAUCCCUGGUGGUCCUUGCAGUCAGAAGAAAAAUUCAAAGAAAAAACAAAGUGUAUGGUCAAUCAGUACAACAACUAUUAUUGGAAAAAAGCAGGAUUGAAUAUAAAAGGAAAAAGGACUUUGGCAGAAAACAUCGCAGAUAACGGAGGAUUGCGAGAGGCUUUCAGGGCCUAUAGGAAAUGGGUCAAAGAAAAGAGACAGGGAGAGGAAGAGGCUCUAUUACCAGGCAUUGACUUCACCCAUAAUCAGCUCUUCUUUCUGAGUUAUGCUCAUGUGAGAUGUAAUUCAUUUAAACCAGAAGCUGCAAGAGAACAAAUCUACACUGGAGUUCACAGUCCCCCUCAGUUCAGAGUUAUUGGUGCUAUGAGUAAUUUUGAGGAAUUCCGGAAAGCUUUCAACUGUCCAGAAAAUACUACAAUGAAUCGAGGUGCAGACUCCUGUCGGCUUUGGUAGCACUUCCUCUGGAAUCCUGUACAGAAAUCAUGUCUUCCUUUCACUGACCUACUAUUGCUUUAGAACUGCAUUGACCAUCUGUGGACCAAUUUUUUUUUGGUUUUGUAGCAUUCCCAUCCUGGUGCUUGACCCAAACAGAUCUGCCAUUAUUGAAUUGCUCGUUCAUAAGCACAGAAUAAUUCAAAAUGUAGCAUUAUAGAAAAGAAAAGGUCAUGUUUUAAAAAUACAUGUCCUUUAUAAAGUUCAUAACCAAUACGAAUCUGUAAUAUAAUGUUCAGUAUCAGUACUCUGAUUGCUAUGAAGCAAACCAACGUUAGCAAGAUUACGAUAGUACAUUUCCACUUUUUUGUGGUGGUCAUGCUGAUAUUUGAAAUUAGCCAAAUAUCCCAAACCAUACAAACCGACAUAUUCAGUAAAAUCCUCUGAUUCUCAGCUGUCACAUGCAUCUUUCCUUUGCCUUCUUCAGGCGUUGAUCCAAAGGAUCUUUGAUAGCAGAACUCUAAGAAUAGGGUUACUUAACCUAUUCUCUUUCCACUGCCACUCUGAGUUGUGUGGGGGAAAAGAUUCAAAUGAAGCACCUUGUGUUCAGUUUUGGCUUCAGACAAGGACGCUUCCUUCCACCGUUGAAUGCAUGUCCAUUUCUGUAUGAGGCACACACACAACACGUGCACACUCAUAAUCUAUUUUUCAAUGUAUGUAAUACUGAUUUGAUGGGCAAACCGUUAAAGCACUUUUUUAUUUCUUAAUGUUGCUUUCCCCAUACUGCUUUAGCUUGCCAAUGAACCAGGCUUCCAUUCUAACUAGCAUGUACCUCAUACGUGAAGCUGAAAAGCAAAAAAACAAUAAACCCCCCACCUCAGCUGUGGUGAAUAUGGCGACAUGGCAAAUACAUUUCUCAUUGUGUAGAUUCAUCCACCCUAUAUGCAUCACAGGUCCUCUACCUGAAUUCUAGGCAUCAUUUGCUUUCAUAAUAUAAUGAAAUAAAAGAACUGUGAAAUGGGUAAUUCUGAAACAGAAAUAUCAUGAUCAUUAAAAGUCAGACACCUGAUCCUGUAAUUCCAGUUUAAGCACUUUUUCCACAUAUAUUUAGCAACAUGGAUGUGGUGGCUGUUCGCUUCCACGCUGAUUAGGUAUGUAAAAACUUGGGUACGUCAUUAAAUCCUUGCUCAGUUAACUGCUCAUUGGCCUCAUGACAAAUGCUUUUGAUAAUGUGCAAAGGAUAGAUUUUCUAAAAGAGUGGGUUUAAUCUACAUAAUAUACUGUUCUGGGCCUGAACAGCACAUAGGGAAAGAAUGCCAAAGGAUGUUUUGAAGCGUUACAGAACGUCCACUUGCUCUGAGAAGUGCAGAACUUCCUCCCAGACACCACCACUUGCUUGCAAAGUAGGAAGCCUUAAAGGGGCAGCUUCUGGCAUGGAGCCUAGCACUGCUUUGUCUUUCUGAGAGUUCUUAUUGGGUACAGUGCCAGAAUAGGUCCAGUAAUUCCUAUGGACUGCAGAGCUAUUUGAAAUUGACAGUGCCAAUUCAUAGCUGCAGGUGGACUCAAGAGGUCAGUUAUAGUUCAGCUCAAACAUCUUGACCAUUUCUAGUAUCUUAGGCUUAGGAGUUUCCAUUGCAGAGAUCAGGAGCUUGCAGUGACAACAUUAAUUCCAUGGAGUCCAUGAUUAUAGCAGGAUUAGAGCUCUAGGAUCACAAUAUAAAAAAUCCCAUAGACAGAAAGUUUUACUACCCUACAGUAACAGUAGGAUUCUUGCUGGUAAAGAUGUGAGUAAAGAGUGAAUCUUACAUCUUUUUCCUGUUUUUUUAACUGCUUAAAUUGCCUACCUUUUUCAGGAAAAAAAUAUUUCCAUACAAAAAUAGUUUUAGAAAUAUUGCUGUAUACAUUUCUGCACAUUUAUAUUUAAGGAGAUGGAAUUGAAUACUAACUGGUUGAAAUAGUAGGAUAAUUUUGUUAACUAUCAUAUAAUACAAGCAUUCCCAAAUCACAGAUGAAGAUAAUUAAAAUGACAAGUGUUUUUAUCCAUUGUAUGACAUUUUUCUACUGUAAUCUGCUUUUGAGUUCACUUGUGAAAAAAGAUGUGAUAAGUUUUUAAUAAAUAAAUCUUG